GUCGCGGCAUCACCACAAGCCGCCAUCCCUUGUCGCCACCAGGCCCAUUAACCCACAGAUUCUUCCCAAACCAAAACCAACAGUCCCAAGCAAGAGAAAUGGCCACCAUGCGCGCCGUUGUCUGCCCCGAGGCGCCCGUCCCGCCAACGGGGCUCGUCUACACCGCCGCGCACCCGAAGCCGGCGCCCAAGGAGGGCCACGUCCUCAUCCGGGUGCGCGCGUUCGGGCUCAACCGCUCCGAGCUCUUCACGCGCCAGGGACACUCGCCCGGGAUCGCGUUCCCGCGCGUGCUCGGCAUCGAGUGCGUCGGCGAGGUGCAGGAUGCGGGCGGGAGCGCGCGGUGGAAGGCGGGCGAUAAGGUCGCUGCGAUUAUGGGCGGGAUGGGGAGGCAGUUUGACGGAGGGUACGCCGAAUACACGCUCGUCCCGCAAUCGUGCGUCUCCCCGCCGAUCGACCUCCCGCCGUCCAUCGACUGGGCCAAAUUCGCGGCCAUCCCGGAGACGUACAUGACCGCGUGGGGCACGCUCAAGGCCUCGCUCAACCUCCAGCCCUUGGACACCCUGCUCAUCCGUGGGGGCACCACCUCCGUCGGGCUCGCGGCUGCCGCGCUCGCGCGCUCGUCGCUCUUCGGGUGCGCGCGCGUGAUCGCGACGACGCGCAGCGCGGGCAAGGAGGGCGCGCUACGCGCGAGCGGCGUCUCGGACGUCGUCGUCGACGACUCGGGGAGCGUCGCGGAGAAGGUGAAGGCGCUCACGGGCGGGCGCGGUGCGGACAAGGCGAUCGAGCUCGUCGGUGGGCCGACGCUCACGGAUACGUGCCUCGCGCUCGCUGCCAAUGGCGUGGCGAGCGUGGUUGGGUGCGUGUCGGGCGAGUGGACGGUGAAGGAGUUUUACCCGUUCGAGGCACUCGCACCCAGCAAGCAUCUCACAUUCUUUGGGUCUAACGCCGUCGACAUGUCUUCUGCGCCAGUGCAGUGGAUCGUCAACGCCCUCGACAAGGGCGAGUUAAAGACCAGCAUUGACAAGGUCUUCAAGAUGGAGCAAGCAGGCGAGGCGCACGCCUACAUGGAGAGCAAUGCUGCUGCUGGAAAGGUUGUCUGUGUCGUCGACUGAUGUGCCAGAGUCAUCGGCCAGAGUGAAAGAGAACAAGUCUGAAUGUCAGCGAUUAGUGUAUGAUUAUAAAAAGAUUGAAUGAUACAAAACCGAAUCC